AUGACUUCGGAUCAGCUUCGCGUUAUUGUCGUCGGUGGCGGCUUCUGCGGCCUCACGGCCGCCAUUGAAUGUAAGCUUCGUGGAAUGCAUCCUAUCCUCAUCGAGGCCUACCCUGGACCGAGUAAUCACGGCGAUCUCCUCGACUUUACCCCAAAUGGUGGCAACGUGUUUGAGUCUUGGGCAAAUGGACGAAUUGGUGCUGCUCUCAAUGCCUCCGGAGUGAAUGCAGCAAAGGCUUUGGAAUAUUACAAUGCCAAGAAUGAAUUGCUGCGUUCUGAUCCCUGGCCGCAAUCACAGUUCUCCAGGGGUGUCUUCGCGGGACAUCGCGGAGCUAUGCAUGAGAUUAUCUACAACUAUGCGGUGGAAAUCGGGGUUGAGCUGCAGUUUGGCAAGCAUGUCACUCAGUAUCUAGAUACUGAAGAGGAGCGUGGAGUGGUCCUUGCAGAUGGCUCAAAGAUUCUCGGAGACGUUGUCUUGGCCUGCGAUGGGCCUAAAUCCCUGGCUCGUGAUCAGUUGUUGGGCUUGCCUGAGAGCCGUGUGAACAGUGGCUAUGCUAUUUUCCGGGCCUUCUUUGAAAUCACGGAUGAAAUGCGGCGGAAUCCGAUUCUCAGUGAGCUGUUAGAUCCUGAAGAGGAUAAGACACGCUUUUGGGUUGGACGCGAUCUGCAUGGAUUGGUCUACACCUGGAAUAAAGGCCGGGACUGUGCCUGGGUUCUCACGCACUUGGAUGAUGCAGAUAUUGGUGAAUCUUGGUCCCUACCUGGUAAAAAGGAAGACGUGGCCGAUUAUCUGAAAGCGGCCGGAUUCCCCGAGAUUUGGAGCGAGCUUUUGAAGUUCACUCCAGAGAGCCGCUUGACAGAUUAUAAACUAGUUUGGCGUGAUGCCAUCGAUACCUGGUUGUCACCAUCCAAGCGGUGUGCUGUUAUGGGUGACGCCGCCCAUUGUCACCUCCCAACCUCAGGUCAAGGGGCUUGUCAAGCUGUGGAGGAUGCCGCGACUGUCGCAGUGUGCCUGCAAAAGUGUGGAGGCGAUAUCGAACUCGCCUUACAAGUCUUCGAACGAAUCCGGUUUAACAGAUCCCAUGUAAUUCGCCAAGGAUCAAUUUCUACCCGCGAUAUCUACCACAAGAAUGACUGGACGCCGGAAUAUGUUCGCGAACAUCCGACCUCUCUCGUUAUUCCUUUCUUCUCAUGGAUUGUCGGUCAUGACUCUAUCAAAACAGCCGAGGAUAACUUUGACCGUCUAGCGGCGGAGGUCAAAAGUGGCAAACAAGGAAGUAUUCAAGAACUGGCGUUGCCUGCUGGUGGCAACUAUGAUGAGAUGAGCAUUGAAAAGGGUGCCACUCAAGGAUCUGGGGCAGUGGGACUAGGGGCCAUCGCUUCGCUCUGA